AUGCUAAAGCUGAAGAUGGAGGAUCACGACCUCAAACUGAAUAAGCACACUUACUUCCACGAGAAUCCAAAGUCCAUCAAGGCCCGGAUUGAGAACUUCGAGGAAGAAGGAGCGUUGGGAGCAAAUAUGAUUCCUCUCCAACUGCCCUGGAGCUAUGAGUGUAAAGGGACUGCGCAGGAUCGCCCAUACAUUUCAAGACCUUCGCGCACCCAGCAAUUGUUGAACCCAGAGCUGGUGCCCAAACUGACAACCGAAGUUCUCCCCGACGACCCUCUGCGAAAAGAUGGUCUAGCAGACAAAAUACUUGCGAAAGCCGAUGCGGAUCGCGGACGGAAUAAGCUUCUACUCGAUGGAGAAACAGACCGAGCAAGAUCAAUAUCGUCACAUUCCACAAACUCUAUCGCAACAAUUUCAACCAACCGAUCCGCUUCAGCGUCGCCUGAUCGGCGAAGCAAGCACAGCGUCCGGGAAAAAGAGCGUCGGAGCUCAGUGUCACCAUUUGCGACGAAGUCCCGGAAAAGACGAUAUAACGAUUCGCCCGAUACCUACUCUGUCUCGUCUCAUUCAGAAACAGGACACCGUUCAAAAUCUAUAGAUUGGGCCGAAGAUAGAAAUAUUCGUCGACGACGCCAGGAAAGUAGUCCUGACGCACGAGGAAGGAGUCGCGACUCUGGGCAUAAUAUUUCCCGUCAAGACCGGUGCAGUCCUGAAAGUCCUGACAAAAUCAAAGUUGCAAAAGAUCAACGCUCCGUGACUCCACAGACAAGCCACGACCGACCUCCAAGACACUCGACUCGGGAUAAUGACAACCAACAUAGGCGUCCCAAACCAGUCCCCAAAUCACGACCAGGUCCCCCUCGGGAACGAAGCUUGAGUCCCUAUAGCAGACGUCUUGCUUUGACGCAGUCUAUGAAUUUAGGGCAGUGA